GCAUCGUCCGACGCCGCUAGAGAUGGGUCAAUCUGUGAGGACGCCAUCGUUCUCUCUAUCACAUCGGCACUCGCUAAAGACGCUCUCUCCUACUUCCAAUCUUGCAAGUUCCACGAGUGUAUCGACAUUCUGAUUCAGCUCAAGCAGAAGAAACAUAACGAUCCCAAGGUUCUUCACAAUAUUGCAAUUGCAGAGUACUUCAGGGAUGCUUGCUCCAAUUCCAUGAAACUACUGGAAGAUCUGAACAGUGUCAAGAAACAGAGUGAAGAACUUGCUUGUACUGUAAAAGAACAAGUGGAAGCCGUAAACCCUGGAACUAACGUCUGUGUGUCAAAGGAUCAGUUUGAUAGUACCGUAACAAGUUUCAACAUUGUGCGUAUUCCCAUGAUUUUUUUAGUCUCAGCUAUGCCAUUCGCAGUUGUCAAGGCGAUUACCUGGUUUCACCUGCAUCAGUACACAAAAUCUUUAUCCAUUCUAGUACCUUUGUUUCGAAAUAUCGAGCCGCUCGACGAGACAAUUGCACUUCAAAUCUGCUUCUUGUUGCUGGAUAUUGCGCUGGCUUGUCAUGAUGCUGUGAAAUUUUUGGCUGUGUUUGAGUAUAUGGACAAAGCCUUUGGUGGUGGUUCUGGAAGUCAUGAAGAAAUUGGAAGCACAAUGCAACUUUCUUCAAAUCAAGUAUCAAAAACAUCCUCUCUCCUGAGCAGCGCCGUGGUCUCAGAUACUUUGAAGUCUGAUUUAACAGCCGCUGAAAGUAGUUUGUGUGAGGAAGACUAUGAGAAUGUUCUAGCGGAAUUUGAAGCUGAGAAACGAAUGAAGCUAGUUGGCCAUAUUCCAGCAAACAAUCUUCUCAAGGCAUUAGGAGAAAGGUCAGUUUUGACUGUUGAUCUGAAGCUUGAGUUGCAGCUUUACAAGGUCCGGUUCUUGCUUCUUACCAGAAACUUGAAACUGGCAAAGCGUGAAGUUAAACAUGCGAUGAACAUUGCUCAAAAAAGGGACUCCUCUAUGGCUCUCCUCUUGAAAUCUCAGCUUGAGUAUGCUCAUGGGAAUCAUCGAAAGGCUAUAAAGCUUUUGUUGGUCUCCGGUAUUCAAAAAGAAGCAAGGACUUCAGGAAUCUUCAACAACAACCUUGGUUGCAUAUACUAUCAGCUUGGAAAAUAUCAAACUGCCUCUGUGUUGUUUUCAAAAGCUCUGAGGAGCUGUUCAUCACUUAGAAAGGAGAAUCCGGUGAAGUUGUUUUCUCUCUCACAGGAUCAGUCUCUGCUGAUCACAUACAACUGCGGUUUACUUUAUUUGGCUUGUGGGAAGCCUCUACUUGCUGCUCAGUGCUUCCAGAAAGCAAGCCUAGUUUUCUGCAGACAACCCCUCAUUUGGCUCCGUAUAGCCGAGUGCUGUAUAAUGGCUUUGCAAAAGGGCCUCUUGGAAGAGGGAAACACUUCUUUGGAUAGAUCAGAAAUCAGACUCCAUGUAAUUGGGAAAGGGAAGUGGAGACAACUUAUGAUGGAAGAGAAUGGAUUCGUGGAACUUGCUGGCAGUUCCCAAUGGCCAAAGCUUUCGUUACCACUAGCACGGGUCUGUAUCUCGAAUGGUAUGUAUCUGCUCAAAGAGUCUCUCUUGAAUGACUCUAAAUCAGAUCUCGAAUCGACAUUGUCCUUGAAGAUAAAUGAGACCAAAGAAACAUCUGAUCAUGGGGAAGCUAAUACGAACUCUGACUUGAAAGAGGCAAAAGGUGGAAUGAACCAGGACAUAAUCCAAAACUCCCUCUCCGCUUUCAAAGAUAUCCGUAGCAGAGAAAAUCAGUUGAUCCAACAGGCUCUUCUUGCCAAUAUGGCAUACGUAGAGUUGGAAUUGGAGAAUCCUAUCAAAGCCUUGUCAGCUGCUAAUUCACUCUUUCAGCUUCCAGAUUGUUCAAAGAUCUAUCUUUUCUUAGGCCAUAUCUAUGCAGCGGAGGCUCUCUGCUUGCUCAACAGACCCGUUGAAGCUGGCUCGCAUUUAUCUGCUUAUCUACUUGGACAGGAUGAUUUCAAAUUGCCAUUUGCGCAAGAAGACUUUGACCAGUGGCGGAUGCACGCGAGUUUUGAUUGUGAAGAGACUUCAGAUCCUUCCACAGGCAAUCCCCGAGAUUUCCUUAAGCCAGAAGAAGCUCGUGGAGCGCUUUUCGCAAACCUUGCCGCGCUGCUUGCAACACAAGGACAUCAUGACCAGGCCAAACCUUUGAUAACACACGCAUUAACUGUCUUACCGAACAAUGUACAAGCUACGGUUACAGCGGUCUACAUCGAUCUCAUGUUGGGUAGAUCACAAGAUGCCCUUGCUCGGUUAAAACAGUGUACUCGUGUCAGCUUUGUCCCAGGCAGAUUGGAUGUGAAAGCCUCG